GGGGCGCCUCUGUUUCCAGUCGGGUUCAGAUGCGUCUCCACUUUUUUUCCACUGUAGCCGCAAGGCACAGAAACAUUUUUCUUCGCAUACUGAGGAGUGGGGUGGGAUGUUGUGCCCCCCCCCAACCCAGAAGCUGUGAGACAGGGCCUGGUUCCCUGCCGGGAGCAGCUCCAGAAAGGCCCAGAGAACGCAGGAGGGCACCACAGAGGACAGGAGGGGCUUCGCGGAUGCCUGGACCACGCCAGCCGCGGCCCCACCUGCGAGGGGGCGGGACCUUGCGGCGCUGGGCCAAUCAGCACCUACCUGCGCUCACCUGGCCUCUUCCCGCUGGCUCCCUCGUACCGCGGUGCUCAAAGGCUUGCGGAGAGCUUAGUGGAGCGCUAAGCAGCCGUCGCGGCAGCUUCUUCACUCCUCUCUGUCCAGCCAUGGGGCUCCCUAGUGGCCCUCUCGCGUCCCUCCUCUUCCUCCUACUCCAGGCGCAGGUUUGCUGGCUCCCGUGCGUGGCUUCCGAGCCGUGUGGGGCGGGCUUCGGGGAAGCUGAAGUGACCUUGGAGGCGGGAGGCGUGGAGCUGGAGCCGGGCCAGGCGCCAGGGAAAGUUUUCCUGGGCUGCCCUGGCCAAGAGUCGGCCCUACUUAGCGCUGAGGACGACUUCACUGUGCUGAACGGCGGAGCAGUUCAGGAAAGGAAGGCACUGAAGAUCUCCCCAUCCAAACGGAUCUUACGAAGACGCAAAAGAGAAUGGGUGGUCCCGCCGAUAUCUGUCCCUGAGAAUGGCAAGGGUCCCUUCCCCCAGAAGCUGAAUCAGCUCAAAUCUAAUAAGGACAGAGGCACCAAGAUUUUCUACAGCAUCACGGGGCCUGGGGCAGAUAGCCCCCCUGAGGGUGUCUUCUCCAUAGAGAAGGAGACAGGCUGGUUGUUGUUGAAUAAGCCACUGGACCGGGAGAAGAUUGCCAAGUAUGAGCUCUUUGGCCACGCUGUGUCGGAGAAUGGUGCCUCAGUGGAAGAUCCCAUGAACAUCUCCAUCAUUGUGACAGACCAGAACGACCACAAGCCCAAGUUCACCCAGGAUGUCUUCAGAGGGAGCGUCUUGGAGGGAGUACUGCCUGGUACUUCUGUGAUGCAGGUGACAGCCACAGAUGAGGACGAUGCCAUCAACACCUACAAUGGGGUGGUUGCUUACUCCAUCCAUAGCCAAGAGCCAAAGGACCCACACGACCUCAUGUUCACUGUCCACCGGAGCACAGGCACCAUCAGUGUCAUCUCCAGUGGCCUAGACCGGGAGAGGGUCCCUGAGUACACACUGACCAUCCAGGCCACAGACAUGGACGGGGAUGGCUCCACCACCACGGCAGUGGCCAUAGUAGAGAUCCUCGAUGCCAAUGACAAUGCUCCCGUGUUUGAUCCCCAGAAGUACGAGGCCCACGUGCCUGAGAAUGCGGUGGGCCACGAGGUGCAGAGGCUGACGGUGACGGAUCUGGACGCCCCCAAGUCACCAGCAUGGCGCGCCACCUACCGCAUCUUGGAAGGUGACGAUGGGGACCAUUUUACCAUCGUCACCCACCCUGAGAGCAACCAGGGUAUCCUGACAACCAGGAAGGGCUUGGAUUUCGAGGCCAAAAACCAGCACACCUUGUAUGUUGAAGUGACCAAUGAGGCUCCCUUUGUGCUGAAGCUCCCAACCUCCACAGCCACCAUACUGGUCCAUGUGGAGGAUGUGAAUGAGGCACCUGUGUUCGUCCCACCCUCCAAAUUCAUCGAGGUCCAGGAGGGCAUCUCCACUGGGGAGUCUGUCUGUACCUACACUGCACAGGACCCCGACAAAGGGAGUCAGAAGAUCAGCUACCACAUUCUGAGAGACCCAGCAGGGUGGCUAGCGAUGGACCUGGACAGUGGGCUGGUCACUGCCGCGGGGGUCCUGGACCGUGAGGAUGAGCGGUUUGUGAAGAACAACAUCUAUGAAGUCAUGGUCUUGGCCACGGAUGAUGGGAGCCCUCCCACCACCGGCACGGGGACCCUCCUGCUAACACUUCUGGAUGUCAACGACCAUGGCCCGGUCCCUGAGCCCCGUCAGAUCACCAUCUGCAACCAAAGCCCUGUGGCCCAGGUGCUGAACAUCACGGACAAGGACCUGUCCCCCCAUACCUCCCCCUUCCAGGCCCAGCUCACACACGACUCCGACAUCUACUGGACAGCAGAGGUCAAUGAGAAAGGAGACACAGUGGCCUUGUCCCUGAAGAAGUUCCUGAAGCAAGACACAUACGAUGUGCACCUUUCUCUGUCCGACCAUGGCAACAAGGAACAGCUGACAGUGAUCAGGGCCACCGUGUGUGACUGCCACGGCCGCGUGAAGACCUGCCCCGACCCCAAGGGGGGUUUCCUCCUCCCCAUCCUGGGAGCUGUCCUGGCUCUGCUGCUCCUCCUGCUGGUGCUCCUCUUGUUGGUGAGAAAGAAGCGGAAGAUCAAGGAGCCCCUUCUGCUCCCAGAAGAUGACACCCGUGACAACGUCUUCUACUAUGGUGAAGAGGGAGGUGGCGAGGAGGACCAGGACUAUGACAUCACCCAGCUCCACCGGGGUCUGGAGGCCCGGCCUGAGGUGAUUCUCCGCAACGAUGUGGCGCCAACCUUCAUCCCCACACCCAUGUACCGUCCACGUCCAGCCAACCCAGAUGAAAUCGGCAACUUCAUCAUCGAGAACCUGAAGGCAGCUAACACGGACCCCACGGCCCCACCCUAUGACUCCCUGUUGGUGUUUGACUACGAGGGCAGCGGCUCCGAUGGCGCCUCCCUGAGCUCCCUCACCUCCUCAACUUCGGACCAGGACCAAGACUAUGACUAUCUGAACGAGUGGGGCAGCCGCUUCAAGAAGCUGGCAGACAUGUACGGUGGUGGCCAGGACGACUAGGCCUCCCUGCCAGCAGGGCAGGGACUAAACGUCAGGCUACGGCUGCAUCUCCAGGGGUCUCAGUCCCCAGCGCAGCCAAGGACUUGGGGGCUUGUUGAGAAAUGGCCUUAGCAGCUUGGAGGGAGAGGCCUCGAGUCUGAGGUUACAGGGCUUGGUUUCUAAGCCUUUCAGAAUGGAGGGACAUGGGCAGUUUGACUUCAACACUGACGACCUCUCAGCCUCGGCCAGGGUGGCCUCAGAGGCUGAAUUUCCGGGAGUCUCUUCCCUGCCAUAAAAUGCUCAGCCAUGUGUCCUGGGCCUGGACCGCCUCUGAUGCCCCCAUGAUGACCUUCUCUCUGGAAUGGACCCUUCUCCUUAGAAAGAGGCCUCUUAUUGCAACCUGGCUUUUUUUUUUUUUAUAAUGCUAUUUCAAAAAGUUAGAGGCGGGUCCUCAGCCAUCCCCUGGAAUCUUCCAGAAGCCCAGGCCAGAGCUGCUUGGCUCACUGCAUUUCUCUCUGAUCUCCAGGCCCCGAGGCCUCCUAUUUGAACGGAUUACUGCGUUUUUAUACCGAGCGCGUCUAGGUUGUCCUUUAUUUUUUAUUUUCCCUACUGAGUGCUAUAGAUGAAGGGUGAUGACAAUUGUGUGUACUAGAACUUUUUUAUUAAAGGAACUUUUCCCAGA